AAAAUUUAAAAAAAUUAACGUGGAGUAGCUCACAGAUGUACUAAUUAACUAAGCCGAUUACUUUUGAUAGUAGUAAAAACACACCUGUUACAAUAUGCCGGCUACAUUUGGUUUGCUCUUUCAGCACAAUGUGCAAAUCGAAUUGGCUCUUUGGAGGCGCACUCUAUUUGAAUGGAUAAUCGUUAUCAUAAUGUUGAUUUUAAUACUUGCCAAUCCCAUCUUCUAUUCAAAAAGAGCGCUCUACAGCCGCACUGACUAUGAGGGAGACCAGACCAUCGUGUCCCAUAAGCUGGAUGAUAUCAAUAUACUCACGAGCCUGGUCGACUCAAAGCGCGAGCAAACCAAAUAUAAGCUGGCCUACUCGCCGGAUACACCAUUUGUAAAAAGGGUCGUCGAUGUCGUGACAUCUGUACUGGAGUUAAAUAAUUCCAUUGGCUAUAAUGAUCCAGAAACGUUGCAAAAUCAAUUUGAUGAACGCACUAUGCUGGCUGCUGUUGUUUUUGACAGAUUGGAUCAAGAUCCUGAUGCUAUUCCAAAGGUACUCUCUGUAUCAAUACGUUUCCCCAGCGAGUUUCGAACAAUUAGCCCAUUUCUCACCGAAGACCGCCUAUGGCUAACUCGAUGCUCAGGCGUUGUUAAUUCAAAGCGAGAUAAUGCCAAGGAUAGUGACAUAAAUCAGGACAUUUAUAUACGUGAGGGUUUCCUUCAGCUACAACAUCAAGUAUUUUUGGCAUGGUUCCACAUGCUACGAAGUCAAGAUCCAUCUAAAGCAACAGAGCCCCAAACGGAAGUUUUCAAUGUGCGACUCCGUGUAGCCAACGAGCGCUGCUCUACAAUGGACUUUGACGCUAUUCCAUCCUUUCUAUUUAACUUUAUCUAUCUGUUACCGUUUAUAAAUGUCAUACGGAGUAUGGCUGCACAGAUGAAGGACAAUGUUAUGACGCAUCAGUGGCACUACGGAUAUAGUUUUUGUAAGCAAUAUACUUGCAUAAUGAUUGUGCUGAUGCUACGUCUUCUUUGCCUUGGACUUAUAAUAAUGUUCGCAACUUUUAUUUAUUGGUCAGUCGUCGAUGGGAUAUUUUCUCCAAUAGCAUUGCUGUCAUUAAUCGUGUUUGUGAUUAUCAUUACGCUGGAGCUGAUCUUAACGGCCAUUAUCAUAGCAAAGAUCUUUAAGGAUGUAGUCAAUGCGGUACUCUUUGCGAUCAUUAUUUGGGCGUUUAAUUAUGCCGUCUUUGGGUUAAUGCUCAAGCGAUAUUGGGACUUACACGGGCCUUAUGUGUAUUUUAUAUUGAUGAUUUUUUUCAGCAAUCAGAUACCGUAUUUUAUGCAAAUGAUUCAUCGACUGAUUGAUGAACCGGGCACCCUCCGUCCUAUAGACUAUUUUUCACCUUUUGUUUCUGGACUUGUAUAUAUAUUAGUUUCUAUAGGUAUUCUAUGCCUUCUGCAGUGGCGGAUGCCCGGACGAUUGUUAAGUAGGCGUAUGAUAUAUAAAAGAUGUCGAAAGCACACUUUGGACAAUACCCCCAUCCAUUUGGGACGAACGCCUAGCUGGCACAAUUUCGAGUUUGGAGAUGUUGGCAGCUCGGAGAUAGUCCGACUGCGCCAUAUAUUUACGGCACAUCGUACAUCUGAACGCAAAAUAUUAAAGAACAUCUCAAUUCGAUUAUAUGUGGGUGAGAUCUAUGUGCUAUUGGGUCAUAUGGGAUCCGGAAAGCUAACCUUACUGCGCGUAUUAUGUGGGCUUAAAUAUCCAUUACGGGGUCACAUCCUAUAUAUGGGCGAGGAUAUUUAUGAAGAUAUACGUCGCAGUCGGAAAUUUGUGGAUUUUCGAAGCUAUGAGAAUGGUCUUUUCCCUCAUUUAUCGAUUGAAAAAACUAUCAACUAUCAUGUGAAACUAAAGCAGAGUGAUUGGGAUUCGGAUCGUUAUAAAUCAGAGUGCAAAAAGUGGUUAGACCUUAUCGAAACGCAUAUUGCAGAGCGCUGGCAGCCAAUCGAUACACUUACCUACGGUGAAAAACGUGUGGUCGCACUUUGCUGCGCAAUAGCGGGUGAUACGAAACUAAUUGUCUUCGAGGAGCCUACAAAGGACAUGACGGCUCGCGAGGCGAAAAUAUUCUGGAACAUUGUGUCUGCCGAAAAGGAGGACCAUGCUUUUCUAGUUGCCACCCAUAGCAUCGAUGAGACUGACGCCAUUGCUGACCGAAUUGGCAUCCUAAGCAUGGGUGUCCUGGAAGCCAGCGGUACUCCCUUCUUUUUACGUUCAAAAUUUAGUAGCUUUGUUGAGCUGAUUAUAAUCAAAAAACCCCAUGUAUCGGAUACGCCAAUAACAGAUUUUAUAGCCAAUUACAUACCGGAGACGGAGCCGGAAAAUGAAAUCGGUGACACGUUAACCUAUAAGAUAAAUGCACGACAUAGGCCGCGUUUGCAGAAAAUGUUAAUACAUUUGGAGAACGAACGAAAAAAGUUGGGCAUUGAGAAUGUCCAAGUUGUGGGCUCUGAGAUGUCAGACAUUUACAUGAAGCUGGCGACAUCUUUUCGUCUGCAGCAGCAAAUUAUCCCCGAUGUCACGCAAACCUUCAAGUACUCUGUGGUAUCGAAGAAAAAGCUAAAAAAGCAACAAGUUCGCGCCAUGUUCUAUAAGAAAAUGAUCCAUACGGCACCCAAUGUUUGGCCCGUCGUCAUGAUAUUUUCAUGUUUCUUUCUUAUCGUGGUUAUCACGCGACUAGCAAUAGUGCUGAAUGUGCCCAAUGUACGAAAGAACUCAAUACCAAUUGGGUUCCUAGGCAGCGAGGAAUUCUUGAAGACAAUUCCAAAUAUCAAUAAUUGUGGAUACAUUGAGAUCAAAACCGUGACUAACGUGCCAACAUACAGGAAAGCCAAUGGAUUAUCUCGCACAUUUGAUGCCAAUUCGUUUUCAUGUGAGCAAGGCCAAUAUAGACACACUUUGGCCAAGAAGGUGGAGCUGACCAGCUUGGGUGCAGUCGAGCAAGGCGGACAGCAGGACAUCAGUGGCUAUAUUAGUCAGGAUACGUUCCAUUCAGCACCCAUGCUACUGAACCUACUGCACAACAUUAUAAUCCAAUUAUCGUACACAAAUAAGACGGACUAUGCGACCCUAGUGGACAGCCAUCCGAUGCCGACCCCGCUAACCAUGAAGAUCAAUCUGCUAGACAAUGAGAUAGCCCAUAUCAAUGCUCCACUCGCAGUUGGUUGCAUCUUGCCCUUGGUUAUCUCAAUUUUCAUAAUACCGAUAGUGGAGGAACACAUUUGUGGGCUGCGCGUGCUUCAGGUGAUCGCAGGCCUACGACUGCAAAUAUAUUGGGGCGUUAAUCUGCUUUGGGAUAUAUUUACCUAUUUGAUCUAUUCGAUAAUUAUUGUUAUUAUUGUGGCUUGCACGAAUGUUGGUGACUUUGGCAUUAUUGAAAAUCUGAUGUUGUUGUUGCUGCUCUUUGUCUAUGGGCUGGCCGCCUUGCCGAUCACCUAUGUGGUAUCCAUGUACAUGAAUAGGUCUAUGGUGCGCGCCUUUCUCGUCUCCGUCCUGUUUCAGGGCCUCACGGGCCUGGUGCUCUACAUUGUCUACUGGGACGUGGCCAAUAGCAAUGUCAUUUUCUUUUAUGGUGCGUGCCUGUCGCCAGGUUUCUCGCUGCUUGAUGGGAUUAGCAAUAUCUACAUACGUUGCCUGGAGAAACGUUUGUGCCAGACCAAAUGUGCGGCUGUUAAAAACUGCCAGCCCCAUAAUAUGCACGAAAUGGUGCCCCGUUGCAACUUUGAUACAUACUUUAAAUGGGCCGAUUCUGGUGUAUUGCCAGCUUUGACCUUUAUGAUACUGGCAUCGGCUAUUGCACUACUCUUAAUAUUCUGGAUCGAGCUGCAUCGCAGGGAAAAGAAGUUUCAUUCAUCCAAAAACUUAAAUAAUAUGCGCACAGCAACCUAUCAUUUCGAUGAUAGCGAUGUGGCAGAUGUGAAGCAAAAGAUCGCCGAGGCGGAUAUGAGUAAAUGCAAGCAGUCGGUGUUUCUGGUCGAUCAGGUUGAGGCGAAAAUACCGGCCAAGGGCAAUAGACUGAAUACGAUUUCGUUUGCCCUAAACAAAUAUAUGAGUAUGGGCAUUUUCGGACCCCGAAGGUCUGGCAAGAGUCAUUUAAUACGGCAGUUAGUUGGCGUGGAUGGAUUUGCGUUUGGCGAGAUCUAUGUCAGGGGUCUGGACUUUAAAUACGAUAUUGACACCAUUUUAGGCUACGUUGGGUACUGUCCACAGCAUUAUGGACUACUCAAUGAGCUAACACCCCGUGAGCACAUCCGUUUGCUAUGCAUGAUUCGGGGUGUGCCAGAGGACAAGAUCAAAGAAAAAAUUCACGAUAUUUGCCUAAUGCUCAACAUGACCGGCUGGAUGCAUCGCAAGUGCGGUGUGUUGACUCCGGAAAAGCGGAGGAAAGUGAAUGUUUCACUCUCCCUAGUUGCCUACAAUAAGAUUUUCAUUCUGGACGAGCCCACAUGUGGCAUGCCGUCAACGACGCGACGGGAAAUAUGGAAUAUCUUACGCUACUUACGCUACUGUGGCAAAACUAUUAUCUUUGCCUCCAACGACGAACUGGAGUGCAAGGUGCUGGCCGAUUUUGUUGUACUCUUUCAAGACAGUGAAAUGCUUGCUAUUGGCAGCAUGCAAUACCUACGCUACAAAUACAGUCACGGCUUUUAUCUAGAGGUUCGAUUAGUUCGGGACGGUUCUACCAAAGAGGAAUCGGAAGCCAAUUUACGUAAAGAUGUUGAGAAUUUGGCACGUUUCAUUCAUUUUCUACAUGAUAAAGCGGAGGUGGUUGGCCAUAUGCAUAAUUGGUUCAAGUAUUAUAUACCUGUUGGUCACAUUGUUUACUCUUUCCUAUAUGGCGCAUUGGAGAAGAACAAGGUGCGUCUGAACAUUUACGACUACAGCAUUUAUGGGGCAAACAUGAAUAUCGUGAUUGCCCAGGUCCAGGAGACACGAGCCGAACUAAAGCGUAAAAUGGAGCCAAAAGUGGACAAUGAUGACAGGGUUAAACGAUCAACAAACAAAUUCUUUUCCCACUUGUAUCAUUAA